AUGGAGAAGCUGGUUUGUGAGUUUUCCGUUCUAAGGCUUGGUAAUCCCCUUAGAUGCUGUGGUCGUUUCGUAGCCGUUGAAUCUCGCAAACUACCUGCUUUCUCUGCAUAUGUUAAAGCAUAUUUUAACGACGUGAAGAGUAAAAAUCCCAUAAUGAAAACAACGGAAAUUAUGAAGAAGCUUAGCGAGAUGUAUAAGGCUGCUUCCCCUGCUGAUUUGGCUAAGUUGACACUAAAUGCGCCUAUAACGAAAACGAAGACUGACGAGGAGAAAUUGGAGGAUCGGAAAAAGCUAUUGUUUGCUAGAAAACAUGGCUUGCCAAAACCUCUGCCAACUACAGGAUACAAGGUGUAUAUUUGUGAACAGCUCUCUGGUAACAAGGGAUCAAGCCUGCAAAGCAUGACUUCAAAGCUCUCUGCUGUCUCGAAAUCCUGGAGCGAUCUCUCAGAGCUCAACAAGGAGGCCUACAUUAGCCGAGCAUUGGAGAAUAGGUUGGCCCAUUUGCGUAACCUAAAAACCUGGUCUGAGGAAAAUGGUAUUCAGUUUUCCAAACGCAGUUCUGUCCUUGCCAGUCGUUUCUACGCCAAGCAUCAUGGGAAGGAUACCACUGGCAAGUCCGCCUCCAUCAAAUCUCCCCCGAAAUAA